AUGCAGCCCCAAUCGGGCGGUAUAUUCCGUCCAAGGCUAAAUAUAGGCGAGAGACCGAUAGCGAACAAGUACCGCGAGAGAGUCAAAGAGUGCUUGAAAUUGUCGGGAGGGAAGCGGAUGGGGGCCGGCGAUCGUCCCGGUCGGAUGGGGGCCGGCGAUCGUCCCGGUCGGAUGCGGAACGGAGCAAUCCGGUCCGCCAAUCGAUUCGGGGCGUGGAACGACGUGGAUUAA